UGAUGUGAAAUGGGAGGGAGAUGAGUGAACAGGGAGCUGAUUAUCAUCACAGAGAUAUAGGCUUCUAGUGCAAGAGCUACAGGAGGGGGUAAGCUUGCUGCUUGCAGUGUCACCCGGCACUUUGACAAAUAGGAAUACCAAAGAUAACACACAUCAGGCCACUGGGGGAGUCAGGCUCCGCCAGAAUAGCUCCAGGCUCAGAUCAAUGGAUACAAACGAAAUAAUGUAGCAACUGUGACCCUUCUUGCACAAAGAGCUUGCCUUGUUGAGAAAUACUAAGAAAAUAAAGAAAUCACAUGGGCAGCUUCCUCCACUAUUGGGACUAAUACAAGAAGUAUCUGGUGAUCUCUUCCUAUAGUCAAGGGGGUCAGACAGCUUGAUUUCUGAGUGAGACACUGACAAAGUAUAUCCAAAGGUCAGACAGCCUGUGGAUGUGGAAAGUAAGGCACCGACAGCAGGACCUGGGAGGCAGGAGGCUGAGAAGGUACCCACAGCCAUGGACUGCAGCGUGCUGAGGACUCUCAUCAAUAGAUAUUGUGCUGGAGAAGAGAACUGGGUAGACAAUCGAACUAUUUAUGUUGGCCACAAGGAGCCUCCUCCGGGCACUGAAGCAUACAUUCCUCAGAGGUAUCCAGAUAACAGAAUAGUCUCCUCAAAGUAUACUUUCUGGAAUUUUGUACCGAAGAACCUGUUUGAACAGUUCCGAAGGAUAGCAAAUUUUUAUUUUCUCAUAAUUUUUCUUGUACAGCUUAUCAUUGAUACACCAACCAGUCCAAUAACCAGUGGCUUACCGCUCUUCUUUGUCAUCACUGUGACAGCAAUUAAGCAGGGCUAUGAAGACUGGCUCAGGCAUAAAGCAGACAAUGCAAUGAACCAAUAUUCUGUCCUUGUCAUCCAGCAUGGCAAACUGGUCAGGAAGCAGAGCAAGAAACUCAGGGUUGGCGAUGUCGUAAUGGUUAAGGAAGAUGAAGCUUUUCCGUGUGAUAUGAUAAUGUUAUCAUCAAGCAGGGAGGACGGUACAUGUUUUGUGACAACGGCUAGUUUAGAUGGAGAGUCUAGUCACAAGACCUACUUUGCUGUUCAAGACACAAAAUCAUUCCAUCAUGAGCAGGAAAUGGACACAUUGCACGCAACCAUUGAGUGUGAACAACCGCAGCCUGAUCUAUAUAAAUUUGUUGGCCGCAUAAAUAUUUAUCGUGGAUCAGAUGACACUGUUGCCAGGCCUCUCGGGUCUGAAAAUCUUCUUCUUCGAGGUGCCACUCUGAAGAACACAGAGAAAGUAUUUGGUGUUGCAAUUUACACUGGUAUGGAGACAAAGAUGGCAUUAAAUUACCAGUCAAAAUCACAGAAACGAUCUGCUGUUGAAAAGUCAAUGAAUGCAUACCUUAUCGUGUACCUCUGUAUUCUGAUCAGCAAAGCUUUAAUAGACACUGUGUUGAAGUAUGUUUGGCAGAGCGAAUAUUCACGUGAUGAGCCUUGGUACAACCAAAAAACUGACUCUGAAAGACAGAGAAACCUGUUUAUCAGAGCAUUUACAGACUUUCUGGCUUUCAUGGUCCUCUUCAACUACAUUAUCCCAGUGUCUAUGUAUGUAACAGUGGAAAUGCAGAAAUUCCUGGGUUCCUAUUUCCUCACUUGGGACGAGGAAAUGUUUGAUGAGAGCACAGGAGAAGGUCCUCUAGUGAAUACGUCCGAUCUUAAUGAAGAGCUUGGACAGGUGGAGUAUAUAUUUACAGAUAAAACAGGAACACUGACUGAGAACAACAUGGAGUUUAUCGAGUGCUGCAUUGAAGGUCACGUUUAUGUACCACAUGUCAUCUGCAAUGGCCAAAUUCUUCAUGACUGCAUGGGAAUCGACAUGAUUGAUUCUUCCCCUGGGCCUGGUGGCAAAGAGAGGGAGGACCUGUUUUUCCGUGCACUAUGCUUGUGUCACACUGUGCAGGUCAAGGAGGAAGAUCAUACAGAUGGAGAGAAAAAAUCAAUCCAGUCUGGCAAGUCCAGUGUUUAUAUUUCCUCCUCACCUGAUGAAGUUGCUCUUGUAGAAGGUAUACAGAGACUUGGUUAUACAUUUCUCCGGUUAAAAGACAGUUAUAUGGAAAUCUGUAAUAGAGAAAAUGCCAUUGAAAGAUUUGAGUUACUGCAAGUCCUGACAUUUGACUCUGUACGAAGACGUAUGAGUGUGAUUGUGAAGUCAAGUUCAGGAGACAUAUUUUUGUUCUGUAAAGGAGCUGAUUCUUCCAUAUUCCCCAGGGUUAGAGAAGGCAAAGUGGACCAAAUCAGAGCCAGAGUUGAACGCAAUGCAGUGGAGGGGCUGAGGACUUUAUGUGUGGCUUAUAAAAAGUUUACCCCAGAAGAGUUUGAAGCUGCCAAUAAAUUGCUCCGUAAUGCUCAGCUUGCACUGCAGGACAGAGAUAAGAAGCUGGCGGAAGCCUAUGAACAAAUCGAGCAGGAUCUCAUCCUCCUGGGUGCUACAGCAGUGGAAGACAGGCUCCAAGAAAAGGCAGCAGAUACAAUUGAAGCUCUCCAGAAGGCUGGCAUUAAAGUCUGGGUCCUCACAGGAGACAAAAUGGAGACUGCUUCUGCCACCUGUUAUGCGUGCAAAUUAUUCAGGAGGAACACACAGCUGCUGGAGCUUACAACAAAGAAAAUAGAGGAGCAAAGUUUACACGAUGUGCUGUUUGAGCUGAGUAAAACAGUCCUGAGACACAGAGACAGCUUGACAAGGGACAAUUUCUCUGGGUUUUCAACAGAUUUCCAAGAUUACGGUUUAAUUAUUGAUGGAGCAGCACUGUCAUUAAUAAUGAAACCCAGGGAAGACGGAAGGUCUACAAAUUACAGAGAAGUCUUCCUGGAGAUCUGCCGAAACUGCACUGCCGUUCUGUGCUGCCGGAUGGCGCCACUUCAGAAAGCACAGAUCGUUAAAUUGAUUAAAACAUCAAAAGAACGUCCAAUUACACUAGCUAUUGGGGAUGGCGCUAAUGAUGUCAGCAUGAUUCUUGAAGCCCACGUUGGAAUAGGGAUCAUUGGAAAGGAAGGAAGGCAAGCUGCCAGGAAUAGUGAUUAUGCAAUUCCAAAGUUUAAACAUUUAAAAAAGAUGCUGCUAGUCCACGGGCAUUUUUACUAUAUUAGGAUAGCAGAGCUUGUUCAAUACUUCUUUUAUAAGAAUGUGUGUUUCAUUUUCCCUCAAUUUUUAUACCAAUUCUUCUGUGGAUUCUCACAACAGCCUUUAUAUGACACUGCUUAUCUAACACUGUACAAUAUCAGCUUCACAUCUCUUCCUAUCUUACUAUACAGUCUAAUUGAGCAACAUGUUAGUGUGGAUGUGCUAAAGAGAGACCCUUCACUGUACAGAGAUAUUGCAAAGAAUGCAUUGCUUCGUUGGCGCCUGUUUAUCUAUUGGACCUUUCUGGGGCUGUUUGAUGCAGUUGUCUUUUUCUUUGGGGCAUACUUUUUAUUCGACAAUGCCACUGUGACUAGCAAUGGGCAGAUGUUGGGAAACUGGACUUUUGGGACUUUGGUGUUCACCGUCCUUGUAUUUACAGUUACCCUCAAGCUUGCUCUCGAUACACAUUACUGGACAUGGAUAAACCACUUUGUGAUCUGGGGGUCACUUUUAUUCUACAUCAUCUUUUCUCUACUAUGGGGAGGAAUCAUCUGGCCUUUUCUCAAUUAUCAGAGAAUGUAUUACGUGUUCAUGCAAAUGCUGUCCAGCGGUCCUGCAUGGCUGGUCAUUGUUCUUCUCAUUGCUGUCAGCCUUCUCCCAGAUGUGCUGAAGAAAGUAAUAUGCAGACAGCUGUGGCCCACAACCACAGAAAGGAUCCAGAAUGCUUCCAGCCAAUCCCGGGACCAGGUUUCAGAAUUCACACCACUAGCUGCUCUGCAGAGCCCAAGUUACCAAAGCAAUGACUUCAACAGUGAUGCAACUACCAGGUCUAAUUCUCUUUCUAAAAAAGUGAUGCUUACUCACUGGCAAAGAAAUGAUUACUUUAAACUCCCAUCCCUCUUUGGCCAUUCCAACUCCCGCUAUAGUUCCAACACUGGCACAUACCUCAGUAGAUCAGGGUUGGAAACAUCUGUAUGAUCACCACAGCAAGCCUUCAAGAACUUGAUUCUGCUUUAUUUUUUUAAUUAUUUUUUUUUAAUGAUUUUGAGGAUGCAGCAAAAUGAAUGUUUAGUAGAACUUUCUUAUACCUAUUGAAACGCUAAUAGCUAAUACUUCCAGAUAAAAGAAGAACUCACUCCUCUAGGCCUUGCGGUUAAAGUGUAUGUUUUUUUUUUGAACGCACAUCAUCAUGGAACAAUUGUCACAGUCUGGUACUGUGUGCCUGAUAGCACUAUACAUUUUUUAAUUUUUUUCCCCAAAAUUACAUAUGUUUGUUUUAGUCAUGCUUAGUAUGCUUCAAAAAUCUCUCUAUGACUACUGUGUAUGUUUAAUUUAACGGGUUAAUAUUGGGUAGCCUUCACUGACUCUGGUCUCAUUUUUUGUUUUCCCUGUCUUUUUGUUUGUCCACUUAGACCAAGCUGGUGUUGCCUAUGUACUCAUUUUGUCUCAAGAAAUACUCUGUAAAAGUCAUUUCAUUGUAAGUUGCCAAAUUAGUUUUAUUUUUCACGUGUGUCUCAACCCACACCGUAGCUAUAGAUCACUAUAUGUGUUGUUUGUUUACGUUGUGUGGCUUAAGCUGUCUAUGGUAGGUCAUAUAAUAUAUAUAUAUACAUAUUAUAUAUAUAUAUAUAUAUAUAUAUAUAUAUAUAUAUAUUCUAGCAGUGUCAUAGCAUACAGUUCUACUAGUAUCUGUAGGCACCUAAUCAAAACGCUGCUUGUUAAAUAUAGGUCUCAAUGUCUGCCUUUAUGAUCACAAACUCUUGCCUCUUAUUUUUUCACGGUAGGUCAAGUGUGUAUGUUUUCUGUGAAAAAAAUGUGCAUAUUUAUGUAUUUACAUCGGCGCGAUUAUUUUUUGGUAGAAGGUGGUUGCUCAUGUAAGCUUGUUCAACUAGAUGAGUUUUUGAUGGAAUGACUGAUACAUGUAAUAACAAUGUACAAAUCUUACAACCAUAGAUGAAUUAAAAUUAACCACU